AUUUUUGCUGGCACAUCCCAACGUCUCUAUUUUCUUAAUUUCUCUAUCCAAGCAGCAAAAAAAACGAACACUGAGAGGCUUAUUCUCUGAAACUAUGGGUAAAGGUUCGAAACGGAAGCAUCAAAAGAAGAUCGAUGAAUCUAUUGAUUCGGAAUCCGAAACCCAAUCCCAGGGUCUGACUACUUUGUUGGAUCCUCCUAAACCCAAAAAAGCCCGAAAAGUUGUACCCGAUUCCGACCUUUGUCUUGUCGGUCCACCCAUUGCGCCCGCUGAAGCCCGACAACGAUGGCCACAUAGAUAUCAGUCAAAGAAUAAGGUUAAGAAGCAAGCUGUAAUCGAGGCUUCAAAUGAUGAGGAGAAUGAGGUACUACAAGCAAAGAAUCAUUAUGUAGAGGCUAUAGUUGAUGGCUGUCGCUACAAAUUGGGCGAUAAUGCAUAUGUUAAGGCAGAAGAUGGCAACCUUGAUUAUAUUGCCAGAAUUGUUGAAUUUUUUGAAACAGUUGAUCAGGAGCCAUUCUUUAAAGCUCAAUGGUUUUAUAGAGCUGAAGAUACCGUUAUUAACAAGGAUAAUGCCCAUUUGAUUGAUAAGAGACGUGUGUUUCUCUCUGACAUCCAUGAUGACAAUCCGUUGAACUGUAUUAUCUCCAAAGUAGAAAUUGCUGAAAUUGCACCAGAUAAUGACUCAGCUGCUAAGGAGAGCAGAAUCCCAGAUUCUGGUUUAUAUUACAAUAUGAAGUACUCGUUACAACACUUAACAUUCAAAAACAUAUUCACUGAAAUAUCUAAAAAAGAUAGUGGUACAUCUUCAGUUGUUUCCAGUGAAUGUGGUUCUAAUAAUACUAGUUCAGAAGUCCAGAGGUUUGAUAAUUCACAGAAAUAUUUGCUAGAUCUAUAUUCUGGUUGCGGAGCCAUGUCCACGGGCCUUUGCAUGGGGGCAUCCUUGGCUGGCAUAAAGCUUGUCACAAAGUGGGCUGUUGACAUAAAUUCAUUUGCUUGUAAAAGUUUGCAAUGGAACCAUCCUGAAACUAAGGUGAGAAAUGAGGCAGCCGAGGAUUUUUUAUGUUUGCUGAAGGAGUGGGAAAAGUUAUGCCAAAAGUUUUCCUUGCUUGAGCCAAACAAACCAUCUGAAACAGUUUCUAGUGAAACCGGUGAGGAAGAUGAUGAUGAUGAUGAUGGCCAAGGAUGCGAAGAAGAAAAAGAACAAGAACAAGAAAAAGAGAGACAAUAUGAUAGUAGCUCUGAGGAUUCCUCUGAAGAAUUUGAGGUUGAGAGAUUGUUGGACAUUUGUUUUGGUGAUCCUAAUAAAGCGAAGAAGAGAGGAUUAUAUUUUAAGGUGCGUUGGAAGGGUUACGAUAAAAGUUAUGAUACUUGGGAGCCUAUUGAGGGCUUGAGUAAUUGCGAAGAAAGACUGAAGGAGUUUGUGAGUAAAGGGUACAAGUCAAACAUAUUGCCUUUGCCUGGAAGUGUUUAUUUUAUAUGUGGAGGGCCCCCAUGUCAAGGUGUUAGUGGGUUUAAUCGUUUUAGAAACUCAAAUGCACCUUUGGAAGAUGUAAAAAAUAAGCAGUUAGUUGUAUAUAUGGAUACUAUAGAGCAUUUGAAACCAAGAUAUGUAUUAAUGGAAAAUGUUGUGGACAUAUUAAAGUUUGCUAAGGGUUUUCUGGGACGGUAUGCCGUAGGCCGUUUAGUGUCUAUGAAUUAUCAAGCUAGAAUGGGGAUGAUGGCUGCAGGAUCUUAUGGGGUUCCCCAAUUCAGAAUGAGGGUUUUUCUAUGGGGUUCACAUCCUUCAGAGAAAUUGCCUCAAUAUCCAUUGCCAACUCAUGAGGUUUUUUCUAGAGGAGGUGUUCCAAAUGAGUUUGAGGAAAUACAUGUUACAUAUGAUAAAAAGGAUUCUUGUCAGUUGGAAAGUGCUCUCACUCUUGCUGAUGCAAUUUCUGAUCUCCCACAAGUUAACAAUGAUGAGAGUCGAGAUCAGAGGAAUUAUGGGACAACUGCUCGCACAGAAUUCCAAAAGUUCAUCAGAUUGCGGAGGAAAGAUGUUAUAAAUUUAACAGUUGAUUCUAGACAUGCACCAUCCUUAGGAAUGCUAUGUGAUCAUCAGCCUUUGCAAUUGAAUCCUGAUGAUUACGACCGUGUUUGCCACAUUCCCAAGAAGAAGGGUGCAAAUUUCAGGGACUUACCUGGUGUAGUAGUUGGUGAAAACAAUAGGGUAGAGUGGGACACAACAAUGGACAGAGUGUUGCUCAAAUCCGGAAAACCAUUGGUGCCGGACUAUGCCAUGAAGUUUGUCAAAGGAAGAUCAACCAAGCCAUUUGGUCGUUUAUGGAUGGAUGAAAUUGUAAACACAGUGGUAACAAGAGCUGAACCUCACAACCAGACCGUCAUUCAUCCUUCCCAAAAUAGAGUACUUACAAUUCGCGAGAAUGCUAGAUUACAGGGAUUCCCUGAUUGCUACAAGCUUUUUGGAACUAUUAAGGAGAGAUACAUACAGGUAGGAAAUGCUGUUGCUGUUCCAGUUGCAAUUGCAUUGGGAUAUUCAUUUGGUUUGGCAUGCCGAAAUUUAUGUGGUGAUGAACCCUUGAUGACCCUUCCUUUCAAGUUCCCGAAUUGUCUUGCAAGGUCUUCACAAAUAGAUGGGGGUGAUUCUGAUUGAGGAACAAAGUUACAAGGAAAUAACAUUUUGUUAACAUCACUGUAUCGAUUUGCCUUUCAUGCAAUGGAGCAGCUCCUUUCAUGGUGUUCCCCACUUCCCCUUGAUCACUUGAACGAGUUUCAUUUAGAUUAUGUAGUGUUGGAUGUGCCUUAUUCUUGAUUUCCUUUUUUUUUUUGGUUUAGUGAUUAAUUUAAAGCUGAUUUUUCAACAAACAUCAAGAUAAUGUAUGCGCUGAGUUUGAUGGAUUCGUUUCCAAUCAACAUCAUCGUGAGAGCUAAUUUA